GGCCCAACCGGUCCCAGCCGGCAUCGGCCGCCCCACUCGCGGCUUCCUUAUCGUUCCCGUAGCUCCGAUAAGGCUCUUAACAACGAGCCAAACCACGUCCGUCAUUCUCCCUGCUACCUACUUCUCUCUCACUCACUCUGUCUCUGUCUCUGUUUCUCUCUUGGAGUUGCCCGCAUCAAAAGCUCUCCCACACACCAGGCCGUCACCAUUCCAGAGCUAAGCCAGCGAGCAUGACGAACGCACGCUCGGCAUGACUGAUCCCACGUACACCGUCUUCGUCCGACUGCCCAUUCUCCGGGGCGACUUCACGGAUCCCCUUCCGGUCAACUGGGAUGCCACCAAGGACGAUGUGCUGUGGAACAUUCUGUCCAACGCGGCCAAAACCGAGAUUGACUGGAACGAACUAGCCGCGCAUUUCGAUGUGACUGUCGACUUCCUCCUACAACAAGUAGCCUACCUAACCGAGCGACACACCGCCCAGCUGCGGGCUCAGGUCCGGAAAGCCACAGCUGCCGCCAAGGGCUCCUCCGGUCCCUCUCCCAUCCCCGGCGCCGAGCCUCAGGGCCACCAGAGAACCGCAUCCGCCCUUUCCGUCCGUCGCGAUUCUCCUCUCCCACGAACCGAAACUAGCACGCCUGCCACCCCGAUCACGAGUUCCUUACGACCCAACAUCUCCCGCCAUGGCUCUGCCGGCACCGUAACACACAAUCUGGGCGGCGGCGGCGGCUCCUCAACUCGCCAGAGCAAGCCUGCAACAUCGCGUGCAUCCAACGAGACCCAGCGACGUCGCCUGUCAUCGCUGCCCAUCCAGGUUACACCCCGCAGUCCCGAGCCAACAUCGCCCGCUGCCGACGAACUGAGCUCCCCCACAUCCUCUGACGACGAGUCUAGCCCUGCACAGUCGCGCAUCAUCCGUCGCCCUCCUCGCUUUCAGCAACGUGACGGGCCCGUCGACCUCGACGAUGAAGACGAAGACACCGAACCUGCAUUCCUACAAUACAAGCCGCAGUCGUCCAAUACAUCGGCGCAGGACCUGGGCUCCACUCUGCGGGGUGACCCCCGAAACGCCCGACGGACACCAAAGGGCAAGGAGAGGAUACAUUAUUCCGAGACGUCGGAUUCGUCUACCAGCUCACCAGCUAUGGUGUCCCGCGGCCCUUCGACUGGAGAGCGUCGUCCAGCAGGCCCGCUCUCUCCACGGCGCCCGUCAGAGUUGGCCGGCAAGAGCCUGAGUAGAAAGGGAUACUCGCGGGACGGAAGCGACGGGACGCCCAGCAUGGGCAGCAGUUUCAGUGACUUGGACGACGCCUCGGUUACGCAGUCCGCGCUCGAGGAGGCUCUCGCGAGUAAGAUGCAAGAUGGCGCCAUCGGGAGCAGGUUCAGCAUUAGUCAAGCGUUUAGAAGCCGCUACAUGCCCAAGCCCGGUCAGCAGUAGAUAAACAGCAUCAGGACUGGCAAUUUUGUAUCACAGUUCAUUAUGAAACGGUUGGGUCGCGAAGCAUUUUUGGCGUUUCAGUUGGUCAAUAUGCAAGCACCAAAUUGCGUGAGAUGCAAUCAGAACGGAAUCUGGCAGUAUUUGUGUUCAAACUGACCAAUCCAAUCCUCAGCCAAGAGCUAUAUACAGUAAAUGCUCCAACACCAGAUGCGCAAAUCCAAGAUCCCUUGUUUUAUGGAUCUCGAACCAGGCUUCUUGAGCAGCACAAUGAUCAUUAUCGAACAAGAAGAAAAAA